AAAACCUAAAAAGGAAAAACACACAAGAAUUUUACAAGACCAACCAAAAGAAAGAAGUUAUGACUCCAAAUGUGAAAGAAGAUUUAAAACCACGAAGAAGGAAAAGGAGAACUGAAAGAAAACAAAAGAUGGAGAAAUUCAAUUUUGAAAAACCUGGAAUAUCAAGAAAACUCAAGGAGAAGAAAAAUAUCUGCGUUAGAAAAAUCCGAUAUGGCAUUGUUAUAAAUAGAGUUUUUGAACAUAUGUUUGGAGAUAUCGUGGAAAACUUCCAACCAAGUUUAAUGGUUGACUUGCAAUUCAUUAUUAAAAUAUCUUCAAAACAAGAUGACGCUUUUUGGAAUAGGUCUUCGUUUUUGGAAGAAGAUUUAUAA